GGGACCUCUAGUAUAAGAGUGCACCGCCUCACACUCCACUCACUCCUCCGGUGCUUCACCCCCAGAUCUGGAGUCAAGAUGACUUUCUACGAUGACAUUUACCCAUUCUAUCCUCUACAAAGGACCUCCUUCAUCUUCAGUGGCCGCCUGCUCACCAUUAUCCUGGUGUUCCUUAUGCUCGCUUUAAGUCUAUUUAUCAUCCUGCCAGGGAUCCGGGGGAAGUCGAGACUUUUCUGGCUGCUGAGGAUUGUUAUCAGCUUGUUUAUAGGUGUGGUGAUUGUAGCCCUGAACUUCACUAAUGACUGGGCUGAGGCAAGAAUGACCACUAAUGCCACCUACAAGUCUUUCAGCAACUCUGUGAUUAAUGCUGAGAUCGGCCUGCACGUUGGACUGUAUGGCAUCAAUGUGACACUGAGAGGUGAACCAGUCAUGCAGUUCAAUGAGACUAUUGACUACAAUGAAAUGUUCAGCUGGCAGGACACUAUUGAAGACGGUUAUAAGGACGCUCUGGAAAAAGGCCUCCCCAAUCCUAUACUGUAUAUAGCAGAGAAAUUCACCCUCAGCAGCCCGUGUGGCCUCGUCUUCCAGUAUCGCUACUCUGGAAGAUACGCCUCUGCAACGCUCUGGACUGCGUUUUGCUGCUGGAUGCUGGCCAACAUCCUCUUCUCCAUGCCAGUUGUUUUAUAUGCAGGCUACAUGAUGUUGGCCACAGCUGCUUUCAUCUUCUUCUCCAUGGCCUCCUUCUCCACCAUCAUGAACGUUCCUCGCUGUGUUUUCUCCAUCGGCACUGACACCUUCCACACUGAAUACAGCCACUCAUUCUGGUUGGCUUUGUCGACAGGUGUGCUGUGUGCCAUCAUUGGAAUUCUAAUCGUGAUAUUUGACCUCCUGAUGCCUGAGAAGAUCAAGAUGGCGUUCAGUGUGGGUGCUGACGGUUGUGAAGAAGAGGAGCAGUUGUACAUGGGGGCCUAUCUAAACUCUGUUUUCCUUGAUGGGGUAACAGUCUCCUCUAUGACAUCAAAAAUGACCUCAGUGAGUUGGUGACAAUCUUCCAUUGUGAAGCCUGUCUGUCAAGUGUCUCAGGAAUUAAUACUUGAAGGAGUUUGACUCAAAGAAGUGCUACAAUCUUCUCUCGAGCUCAAGUGUUAAGUGUCACAUUGAAUGAUUGUAAAAGUGGUUGAUUUAAAUCCGAUAAUGGUUUUAAAAAUGAAAUACUGAUGUAAAUGUGUUUGACAGUUGAAUGUUGAUGACUUGUUUCGAUGGGGUUUUCUAGAUCUCACGGUUGUGUUCAUAAACAAGGUUGGAUAUUAUGUCACAGUGAGAAGAUGUCAGAUGAAACGUAUCAUCACUCUCUGUAGGCACAGAUAAGGAGGAGCUGAUCCUCAUCCAAUAAAUGUUACCUUGGGAACCAUCGCUGUACUUACAAGAAAAUACAAGACAAA